CACACACCCCCAUAGACUCACACCAUAGACUCAACAUACACACACCCCCAUAGACUCACACGCAUAGACUCAACAUGCACACACCCCCAUAGACUCACACCAUAGACUCAACAUACACACACCCCCAUAGACUCACACGCAUAGACUCAAUAUGCACACACCCUGGACUCUAACUCUGGCGCCGCAAAGGUGAGAGUCGUCGUUCUUACCGCUAUUCGCGUCGUCGGCACCACCACCACCAUCAUCGGUCAUCGGUCAGUAUCUAUCCACUGCUGCGUGAAGGCCUCACCAAAUCCUCAGCCACCGCUCACGCGUCCUGCGAUGCAACAAUUCGACCCGACACCUGCGCGAUUACCAAAUUCGUGGCUCCAUCUCCCCGCUGGACGUCGUCUCGGGCGCGUUCUGUCCUUGGGCUGCCACUCCAUCGUUAGUCUCGACCAGUGGCCAUCGCCCCUUCUAGUAAACAUAAUCUAUCCACUGCUGGAUGAAAAUCGGUGUGGUUAUGUCUCUAACAUGCGUGUGUCCCUCUCUCUGUCCCUCAGUGGAAUUCCCAACGCGCGCCUCUCCGUGCGUUUUUGCGCAUGUCCCCGUGUGUGUUUAGUCGUAUUGGCAACGUUUAUAAUCAGGGUCCUCGUCUACAACAGCCGGCAAUUCACCGGAAUUGGUUCGAGCGAGCAUGACUGCUGAUGAGACACAGGUUGUCGAAACCCGUCCAAAAAUUUGGCGUCUUAAGACAAGAUUCGAAGGUGCCCUCUGGCUUUAUUCAAUUGUCGUGGCUGCUAACGACCGCGUACGCACGCCCCGCUCGAUCGAGUUGGCCUUGUAGGGGUGACGUGCGGCCACUCCCCUCCUCCUGCACCCCUUCCCCUCCUCCCACCCAACCCUCACCUCCCACCCUCCCGUUAAACCUAAUACGGCUCUUUGCGAGGAGCGUUGCAGUCAAAACUUCUCGGCGCGGAGUCGACGGGAGCGGAGAGUCCUCAAGAAAUCCGCGACGCCGUCUCUCUCCCUCCGUCUCUACAUUUGUUUCUGCCACUCGCCUCGCUGUCUCCAUCUCUCGCUGUCUCCAUCUCUCGCUGUCUCCGCCUCUCGGUGUCUCCGCCUCUCGGUGCUUCUCUCCCCGCCGCUGUCUCCCUGUCUCGUUGUCCCUCUGCGUCUUCUCUCCGUCUCUCGGAGUCUCUCGUUUUUAGUUUUUGUAGCUCGUGUCUCUGGCUGCUCCCCGCCCCACCUCGCGGUGCUGAAGAGGGGUCUUCGUGCGAUCCAGGCCGAGCACCCCCUGCUGCUCGUCGUUAGAGGGCAUUCGAGAGGGCAGCUGGCAGCCAUGCCCCCCAGCCUUGCCCGGGCGCACAGCAGGCGCUGGUGGAUGGCCGUGAGCGCCGUGCUGGAGAAUCUGCUGCUGAGCGCCGUGCUGCUGGGUUGGGGGUCCCUGCUCAUCAUGCUCAAGUCGGAGGGCUUCUACUCGCACCUGUGCAGCGACAGCCCAGCGAACCACAGCAACGCCUCCUCCUCCUCCUCGCCCUCCUCGCCGUCAUCGGCGGUGCUGGCACUGCUGGCCGGGAACGCGAGCGCGCCUCCUCCUCCUCCCCCGCUCUCCGCGCACGCCCGGGGGUGGGCGGUGUGCCGCGAUCAGGACGAGGUCCUGAACCUCGCCUUCACCGUGGGCUCCUUCCUGCUCAGCGCCGUCACGCUGCCCCUCGGCAUCGUCAUGGACAGAUACGGCCCGCGCAAGAUCCGCCUCGUGGGCAGCUCAAGCUUCAUGCUCUCGUGUCUUCUCAUCGCGUAUGGAGCGAGCAACCCCAAGACUCUGUCCGUGCUCAUCUUCGUGGCGCUGUCGCUGAACGGCUUUGGCGGCAUGUGCAUCGUCUUCUCCUCGCUCACGCUGCCCAACUUGUUUGGGAACCUGCGCUCCACAUUCAUCGCGCUCAUGGUGGGCUCCUACGCCUCCGCCGCCGUCACCUUCCCUGCGGUCAAGGUGCUGUAUGACGCGGGCGUGCCCUUCGUGUGGCUGCUGCUGGGCUGGGCACUGCUGGCGGUGCUCGUCUUCGCCAACUGCUUCAUGCACUGGCCCCUGGAGCCGUUCCCCGCUCCGGAGGAGAUGGACUACGCGCUGAGGAUGAAGCUGUCGUGGCUGGGCCUCGAGCACAGGGUGACAGGGCCCCGCUUCUCCUCCUACCUCUCCUCUGUGGGCCAGCGCCUGAGCGCGACCCCCGGGGCCGACGCAACAACCAAGGGCCGAGCGGAGGGUUACCUGGGGGCCCCCAACGCGCCCGCUGGCAACGGGCCGCCGCCGCCGCCGCCGCCGUUCACGCGCAGCGUGUGCACGCCCAUCCUGCUCUGGAGCCUGGUCACCAUGAGCGUCACGCAGCUGCGUCUCAUCUUCUACCUGGGCGCCAUGAACUCCAUGCUCGAGUUCCUGGCCAAGGGCGACGAUCCCGGGGCAGUGAUGGACACGGUCGGCUGGUUCGCCUCCAUGUUCGGGAUGCUGCAGCUGCUCUGUCUGCUCACGGCGCCCAUCAUCGGCUACGUCAUGGACUGGAAACUCGACGAGUGCGGAGGGGGGGAGCAGGAGCCCCCCGCGUCGGGGCCCCAGCACCAGCCCCUGCGGAACGGGGAUGUCCCCGUGACCCCCAGGAAGGUGAAGUUCAGAGACAGGACGAUCCAGAAAAUCGACAAUGCCACGCGCGCCUUCCUCUUCUGCAAUAUCCUCCUGGUCGGCUUCGGCAUCGUCUGCCUCAUCAGCAACCUUCAGCUGCAGUACUUGACCUUCGUGCUCCACACCGUGGUUCGCGGAUUCAUCCACUCUGCUUGCGGGGGUCUCUACGCUGCCGUGUACCCGUCGUCUCACUUCGGGAGUCUCACGGGGCUGCAGUCCCUGGCGAGCGCCGUGUUCGCGCUGCUGCAGCAGCCGCUCUUCAUGGCCGUGCAGGGCCCCCUCGGCGGAGACCCCUACUGGGUGAACGUGGGGUUGCUGGCGCUGUCCCUGCUGGGCUUCUGCCUCCCCGCGUACCUCUUCUCCUUCAGCCGUGGACUCAAGAAGAAGCAGAGACUCAUGGCCACGGACUCGGGGUCCCCGGUCCCCCUCACAGAGAUCCCCUCAUGGCAUGGGACCACAGAGGCAGAUGAUCCUCACGCGUGAUCGCCACCACCACCAUCACCACCACCAUCACCACCACCAUCACCACCACGAUCAAUGUCAUCACGAACAUCAUCACCAUUAUAAUCACUGUCAUCGCCAUCACCACCACCACCACCAUGAUCAAUGUCAUCACGAACAUCAUCACCAUUAUAAUCACUGUCAUCGCCACCACCACCACCACCAUGAUCAAUGUCAUCACGAACAUCAUCACCAUUAUAAUCACUGUCAUCGCCAUCGCCAUCAUCACCCUCAUCACUGCCAUCAUCACCAUCUUCAUCAGCCCAAACAUUCCAGCGGAUGAUGUGCAUGAUAUCUCAUAGAUGUUUCAUUCACCUUCCAUUCAUCAAUCACUCACCUCUCAUUUCGCAUUUCAUUCAAUGCCAUUUACAUUUCAAUCAUCGUUCAAAUUUUGAAUGACGCGUCAUUCACCUUUCAUUCGUCAAUCAUUUACCUAAUUUACCACAUUUCAUUCGCUGUCAUUCAUCAGUCAUUCAUCGCCGGCCAUUCAUCAGUCUUUCAAGCGCCCUUCACCUGGCACCUCUGAGCGCCACCAGUCUCACGGGGCGAGGAGCUGGGGCUGCGCUUGCGAGCGGUGGCGGCGUCUGGACCGGGCGGUCGCCUCCCGGAUCGGUGGCUCCUCAACGCUGCAGCGGCACUUAUUCACAUUCCCUCCGCCUAGGAAUUAGAGCUCCCUCCUUUACUUUCCAGUUGAGCUACACGCGCCUAUAUAUACGCACAACGGCAUUGUUAAUGUAACACGGUAUAUACACAUGGUGUAAUGUGUGCCGUGGCGUCACGCGGAACUUGCAGUUCAGAUGACGCCGCUCCGAUCUCCCGGUGCGGAAGUUGAAACAUUGGGACAGUGUCAAGGGGCCCAGUGCCCAUGACCAUCGAGACCCAUGGCCCAUCACCCAGAAGGGUGUGUGGAGUCUUGGCCGAGGGUGUAUGAUGUGUGGUUUAACACGUUAGUUCACAGCCAAUAUUACGAAUCAUGGCUGAUUUUCCCACUGACGCGUCAUAACGAUCUCACCAUAUUCCCGUCGUGAACUCUCCAUCACCCCACCCAGUGCGUUAAAGCGCGUGUACACGUGACAAUGUCAUAGCUUGGCUGUGUCGGGUGGAGGAGGGUUCACGACACAAGGUCAUUGCGUGGCCCACCCUCUAAACUAGGCACGCAGCCAUUCUUUUCCCGAUCCCACCUCACGUGUUUGCGUCUCGUGUUCGUUGACGCAUAGUUUGUGUUAUUUUCUAUAUUUCUGUCGAGGAAAUGAGGCUUUUGCAUAGGUAUCACUUUUCACGGCUGUUAAAUACGUAGUCGAUUCGAUAUUGCACCGCGAGCUUACGAAUCGGUUUUAAUCGAUGAAGUAUUAGACGCACAAACUCCUCCUCCCGAGUGUUUCAGAGAGAGAUGAUAUUGUACAUGAAUAGGGGGAGCACAGAGGCCGAUAACAGAUGGGAAGAACUCAAACCAGAUGCAGGUGGUGAUGAGAUUGAUAAGAGCAGUCUUUGAAACAACUUAACUGUGUAAAGCAAGAGCUGACCUUGGUGGUUGCAACAACUGUAGCAUCUAGUGCAAGGAAGUGAGUAAUGGUGAGAUGUGGUGGCAUCACCGGCAUUGGCGGUGAAGCCACGCUCAUCUUGCUCAAGCGAAUCACAAACCAGGACGAAGCUGGUGAUUGUUCUGUUGUUGGGGACAGUCGCUCGACAUGUGAUGGAGGCAAUGUGGAGGAGGCUGGGGUGAGUCGAGUUUAUUUAUGACAACGGCCAUGGUCAUGGAUACCCACUCUGGGACUCCAUCUCAAAACUUCUCAUGCGUGGUCCCAUCAUUGGGAGCUCGACGAGGAGGCCAGACUCCAGUAGACUCCUCCAGUCUCCAGCAGAGGGCGGUAGCGAGCCACAAAGCUGGCACGCAGGCAGGCCCCCGCCACCAGACCAUCCAGAGUUGAUUUCCCUGCCAUCACAAAGGUAGAUAUACUCUUCUGGAGAGGUCAGGUCAACGUGUCCAUCAAGGGUUGACGUGCCCACCCAAGUACGAUCGCAAUGCACAAUGGAACCUAAGCAGUUCCGUGGCCCGAAUUUCGAGAGAUGCCCUGCAAUUUUUUUUUUAUCAACGACAGGUCCAUGGCGAUGGCUGUCAACAGUUGCCUCCAUCACCGGCGUGACCCCGAGUAAAUGUUGAGGUUGAGACCCACUUUCUCAAAGCGCUUCUCUGAUGCCCCUGAGGGCUUCGGAGCAUUGCUCUCGAAAGCGACGAGGACAUCGAGUGGAAGGCGAGUCGACCCGAGCCCCACGGCUUGGGAACAAAAUCAAAGUGUUUGCGUGCGGUGAGUGGCCUGAGGGGUCAGGGGUUGUGACUUGACCUCCACGGGAGUGUUAUUCAUAAAGAUGUAUUUAAUAUGC